AUAUGCCGGUAUUGUCAAUCACUAUCUUGAGUAUACUAUCGCCACAAGAUUUCAAACCCAACAUUUCUGUGUUCCUCAAUGGAUCUUUUGUGUAUCUGUCUCGUGCUCUCUGUAUUCUCGGGGACGUUUGGGGCCAUCCUUCCGGUCACCGACUUUGCACCGGUCAGUGUUGCCCCCGCUGGUUGUACAUGGAAUGGAACAUUCUAUCAGGAGGGAGCGUCCAUCCACAAAUCCCCGUGUGAGCAUUGCCAAUGCGGCAAUGACGGUCAUAUCUUCUGUGCCAUUGUCGACUGCUUCUUCACGCCUUGCGUCGAUUCCGUUCAUGACCCAACAAAAUGCUGCCCUGUUUGUCCCAAUGGACCAAACUGUCAACACAAGGACGGUACGAUAAUCAAGAAUGGCGAGACGUACAGGCCAGAUUCGCUGACAAUGUGCCGUUGUCCUGACAACCACUUCGGUUUCGGGGCCGCCCUAGCAGUGUGCACCCACACCGCUCCGUUUUUGCAGCCCGGAAGACGCAAUAUCGAGUAUGAACUAAAAAUGGCGCGGCGGAGGCCGUCGCGUAUCCCCACGCCGCAUGUUUUACCCACGGGGCACCCCAAGGUUGGCCCUGAAGGUCAUAUCUACUGUGCCAUUGUCGACUGUUUCUUCACGCCUUGCGUCGAUUCCGUUCAUGACCCAACAAAAUGCUGCCCUGUUUGUCCCAAUGGUCCAAACUGUCAACACAAGAACGUCACGAUAAUCAAGAAUGGCGAGACCUACAGGCCAGAUUCGCUAACAACGUGCCGUUGUCCUGACAACCACUUCAGGUUCGAGGCCGCCCUAGCAGUGUGCGCACACACCGCUCCGUUUUGUCAGCCCGGAAACCGUAAUAUCGAGUAGAAAAAUAUAAAAGAU